AUGAAAUUUGAACAAUUACCAAAUGAAAUAUUCGUUGAAUGCUUUCAAUAUCUCAAUGCACCUGAUAUCUUUUAUUCAUUUGAUCGAUUAAAUUAUCGGUUUUACAUACUUAUUCGAAACAUUCAUUUACAUCUCAAUUUUGAACAAGUUAAAAAGCCUUUAUUCGAUGAAUUUUGUCAAAUAAUACGAAUAAAUCCGAAAAUAAAACGAAACAUCAUUUAUUUAAAAUUAUUAAAUAUAGGUAAUGGUGAACAGAUUGAAUCAUUUUUGUCAUUAUUUCCAUUAAAUGAAUUUAUUUGCCUUCGAUCAUUAUCAUUUAUUAGCAACGUUUUUGAUUAUACUGGCCAAAAGCAAGAACAAGUCUCACCUAUGUUAACCUUAUUACCUGAUUUAUACCGAUUUUAUGCUCCUAAAUGGAAGAUAGAAGCAGAAGCUAUAUCUAAAACGAAAAUACAAGUGUUAACAUUAUGGAAGUAUUGCCCAACAUCUUUUCAUCCAAUAUUGGCAGUUACAUCGUCAUUUACAUCAUUAAGAAUUCUUUUCUGUUCUGCAUGUGAGUUACAGUUAAUAUUGAAUUAUACACCGAUGUUAAAAUAUAUAAAAAUUGACAGAUUUACAGAAUAUGAUAAGCCAUAUGAUAUACAUUAUGGUAUGCAAUAUAAUAUGAAACAUAAUAUGCAAUGUAGUGCUGAUGGGAGCUAUAAAUAUGAUUUUAGUAAGAUAUGUGCUGUUCGUUUGAAACAGUUACAUCUAGACCAUUCUGUGACUUCUUUUGAAUUUAUCGAACAGUUGUUAAAAUGUUUUCCAAACCUGAAAAUCUUUUCAAUUGUUGCUAUAAGUGCUCGCAAUAUGAUUGAUGCUGAUCGAUGGCAACGUCUCAUCAAAUUUUCAUUACCACUAUUACGUGUAUUCAACUUUAACUUUGGUUGCUACGAUUCUGAAUCUUACGAUAAUAUGUUAAUCAAGCUUUCACCAUUUCAAACUGAUUUUUGGUAUCAACAUAAUUGGUAUAUCACUUAUGCAAUCGAUGAUGAAUCUACAUCAGUUUAUACUAUACCAUACUCAUUUACUCACUAUACAUUAACACCUACUAUGAAAAAAUAUAGUAGCUCAUCAACAAAUGGUUUGAACGAAUUUGAUAAUGUUAAGUCUUUAUCUUUAUUUGCUGGUGCAAUUAGAGAUGAUUCAUCAUGGUAUUUUCGAAAUAUUCAAUCAAUAAGUUUAGCAAGUACUGAGAAUCAUCGUAAUGAAGACAAUGAGUACGAAUUCAAAAUAGAACAUUUGAAGAAGAUGGUCAACUUAUUAAAUAUCACAAGACUGGAAAUUACAGAAAGAUGUGGAAUUAAACCAGAAUUACUGUUUGAAAUAUUAAAGCAAAUGCCAAAUAUAUCAUCAUUAAUCUUAAAGAAGAAAAUUGUAAGUUCAUUUUACACCAAUCACGAACUCUGUGAAUUUUUAAACAAAAAGAUUAAAAUGUUGGAUUAUACUAAUCCAUAUUAUUAUCCAUAUAAUUGUCCAUAUUAUUAUCAAUAUAAUAAAAUUCAAGAUAUAGAUUGGUUUUGUAAAACAUUUUCAAAUGUCGAAGAUCUUCAUUGUCAUAUCGAUAAUGUUGAUGAUGUUUUAUUGAUAUUAACAAAAUGUUCCAAAUUAUCAAUAAUAAAAAUCGAAUGCGUUAAUCAAUCAAUCUUUACAUGGUUUAAACUCAAUGCAAGAACAUUUAACGUUUACAUUAAUUAUGAACUAAAAUCUUAUAGAACACGAUAA